AUGACAUCAAAUCGUAUUCGUACUAAAUAUGACGUACCUACAAAACAAGUUGUACUACAAAUCACUGAUGUUCGUCCAGAAGAUGUUGGUCAGUAUUUGGUUGUAGCCACCAAUCCUGCAGGUCAAGAUUCGACUGGUACUAGAGUCACUAUUGCACCAGAAAAACCUGGUGCUGAGGAUCGAGCCAAAGUUCCAACUGAUAAGAACCAUAUGAAGAAUCAGCCUGAAGGUAAAACACCAAGACCAUUGAAUGUUGUACCAGGUCCCGAACAUCAACCAUCAACAACUGGUCCACCGGAAGAACAACGAGCACCACGUGUUAUUGUACCAUUGAGUGACAACGUAGUAGAAGAAUCAAUGCCUGUUAUAUUCCGAAGUACCAUUGAUAUUGGAUCACCAAUAGGAACAUUCACUUGGUUGAAGAAUGGUCAACCACUUGUUGAAGGUGACCGAUAUAUUACUACAUAUGAUAUGAAACCAAAAAUAUUAACUUUGGAAAUUCUUGAUGCAAAACCUAGUGAUCAAGGAACUUACACAGUUCGUGCAGCGAAUCCAUUAGGUACUGAUGAAACUACUGCUAAAUUAGCUAUUCGACCAGCAACAUCACCUGAUGCUCUUCCAUCAGCAGCACCAAAACCAGUCGAAGUCAAGGCACCAAUUCCUACAAAAGAGGAAAUGCAACAAGUACAACCACCGAAAGUGAUUGUACCUUUAGAGAAUGUAGAAGCAACAAAAGGAUCACCAGUUCUUCUUCGUGCAACUAUUGUUGGAACACCAACACCAAAUUUUGUUUGGCUGAAAGAUGGUCAACCAUUAAUGACAUCAAAUCGUAUUCGUACUAAAUAUGAUGCACCUACAAAACAAGUUGUACUACAAAUCACUGAUGUUCGCCCAGAAGAUGUUGGUCAAUAUGUUGUAUUAGCAACUAAUCCAGCAGGUCAAGAUUCGACGGGUACUACGUUAACUAUUGCACCUGAAAAACCUACAGCUGGUGAUAGAGCAAAAAUACCAACAGAUAAGAACCGUAUAAAGAAUCAACCUGAAAGUGAAAAAACGCGACCUUUGAAUGUUGUACCCGGUGUUGAACAUCAACCAUCAACAACUGGUCCAGCAGAAGAACAACGACCACCACGUGUUAUUGUACCAUUGAGUGAUAAUGUUGUAGAAGAGUCAAUGCCUGUUAUAUUCAGAAGUACUAUUGAUGCUGGAUCGCCGUUGGGAACGUUUACAUGGUUAAAGGAUGGUAAACCAUUGGUUGAAGGUAAACGAUAUAUUACCACAUACGAUAUCAAACCAAAAAUAUUAACUUUGGAAAUACUUGAUGCAAGACCAAGUGAUCAAGGCACUUAUACAGUUCGUGCUGCAAAUCCAUUGGGUACUGAUGAAACUACUGCUAAACUAGCUAUUCGACCAGCAACAUCGCCUGAUACUCUUCCUUCAGCAACACCACAACCAGUCGAAGUCAAAGCACCAGUUCCAACAAAAGAAGAAAUGCAACAAGUACAACCGCCAAAAGUAGUUGUACCUUUAGAAAACGUAGAAGCAACAAAAGGAUCACCAGUUCUUCUUCGUGCAACUAUUGUUGGAACACCAACACCAAAUUUUGUUUGGCUGAAAGAUGGUCAACCAUUGAUGACUUCUAAUCGUAUUCGUACUAAAUAUGAUGCACCAACGAAACAAGUUGUAUUACAAAUCACUGAUGUUCGUCCAGAAGAUGUUGGUCAGUAUUUGGUUGUAGCAACCAAUCCAGCAGGUCAAGAUUCGACCGGUACUACGUUAACUAUUGCACCAGAGAAACCUACUGCUGGUGAUAAAGCUAAAGUACCGACUGAUAAAAAUCGUAUUAAGAACCAACCUGAAAGUGAAACAUUAAGACCUCUGAAUGUUGUACCUGGUGCUGAACAUCAACCAUCAACAACCGGUCCAGCAGAAGAACAACGACCACCACGUGUUAUUGUACCAUUGAGUGAUAAUGUCGUUGAAGAAUCUAUGCCUAUUAUAUUCCGAAGCACUAUUGAUGCUGGAUCACCGAUGGGAACGUUAGUUCGUUCGUUGAAGUACGCUAGUAUCGAUUGA